CCGUCGUUUCCUCAAGCCGCGCUUCUAUAUUGCGCCGCUUUUCCAUCGACAUCCACUCGUUUCGCCUAAUCUAACUCAUCCCACACACAAUACCGCCCACCAUGGCCGACUCUGCAUCGCCCAUUGGCAUUGCCAACCUCCCCAACCAACGCCACAAGAUUGUCGCCAAGCGCGGCGCCGCCUUCACAAUCAUGGUUGCUGGCGAGUCGGGUCUCGGCAAGACCACCUUCAUCAACACUCUCUUCUCCACCACCAUCAAGAACUACGCAGAUCACCGCCGUCGUCACCAGAAGCAGAUUGACAAGACUGUCGAGAUUGAAAUCACAAAGGCCGAGCUCGAGGAGAAGUUCUUCAAGGUUCGCCUCACCGUCAUUGACACUCCCGGCUUUGGCGACUAUGUCAACAACAGAGACUCAUGGCAACCCAUCAUCGAGUUCCUUGACGACCAGCACGAGUCAUACAUGCUUCAGGAGCAACAGCCCCGUCGUGGUGAGCGCAUCGACCUGCGUGUUCACGCCUGCCUCUACUUCAUCCGUCCUACUGGUCACGGCUUGAAGCCCCUCGACAUAGAAGUCAUGAAGCGCCUGUCCAGCCGCGUUAACCUCAUCCCCGUUAUCGCAAAGGCCGACACUCUCAGCCCUAACGACUUGUUGAAGUUCAAAUCAAGAAUCCGCAACAUCAUUCAAGCCCAGGGCAUCAAGAUCUACUCUCCUCCUCUCGAAGAAGACGACGAAUCCGCCCUCAGACACGCUCAAUCCCUCAUCACUUCCAUGCCUUUUGCCGUUAUUGGUUCCGAGAAGGAUGUCACCACUCCCGACGGUCGCAGUGUCAAGGGUAGACAAUACGCCUGGGGUGUUGCCGAGGUUGAGAACGAGGAGCACUGCGACUUUAAGAAGCUGCGCGCCGUUUUGAUCCGUGCCCACAUGCUCGACUUGAUUCACACCACAGAGGAGAACCACUACGAGGCCUACCGCGCACAGCAAAUGGAGACUCGCAAGUUCGGAGAAGCCAGGCCACGCAAGCUUGAUAACCCCAAGUUCAAGGAGGAGGAAGAGGCUCUGCGCAAGCGUUUCACCGAGCAAGUCAAGGUUGAGGAGCAGCGCUUCCGCGCCUGGGAGCAGAAGCUCAUCGCUGAGCGUGACCGUCUCAACAAGGACCUCGAAACCAGCCACGCGCUUAUCAAGCAACUGGAGACUGAGAUCGAAGGCAUGCAAGGCAGCGUCAGAGGCACUGGACGUCGCUAAGCUUUGCUGCCUCUUGGAAAAAGUCCAACAACUAUUCGGUGCGCGAGUUCUCCAAAGAUACCUUUUGUCUUUUAUUUAGUUUUGUUUAACCUCAAGCCGGGCAUGUACUUCUACAGGGUUGUAAGGACGGGUUUCAUAGUGUGACCUCUGACUGGUAGUA